AUGGAGAAGGACGGCAGCGCAGCCGGCACCGGCAACACUGCCGAGGUGAAGCCCGUGGUACCACCGGUGGAGGAGACGAAGCCUACGACUGUUGUUGAGGAUGUCCCCGACCCCGAUGAGGACGAUUUGGACGACUUGGAUGAUAUGCUCGACGACUUUGCAGCAGUGAAUGUGGAACCGAAGAAAGCAGCGCAACCUGCUCCUUCAGCUCCGAAGACCACUGCAGCUAGCCCAGGGAGACCUGCGACAGCCGUAGAAGACGAUUCUGAGGACAAGACACUCGAAGAGAUGCUAUCUUCCGAUGAUUUUGCAAAGCAACUCCAAGCUGGCAUGGCUGACCUGAUUGGGGAAUUUGAGAAGAAUCCCGAAAUGCAGGCGCAAUUUGACAACGUCUUCAAGCAGAUUAGUGUCGCUGCUCAGGAAGCGGAAAGCUCACCACAAGGCACAGCCGGAGCACAAGCGCCACCACCACCAGCUUCAUCUUCCGGCAAAGCUCCCGCCUCAGACCCCAUCGCCGACGGUUCCUUCCAGGAGACCAUCAAGAAAACCAUGGAGCGCAUGCAAGCGUCGGGACAGCAGGCGACGGCAGCUGCGGCAGAGUCCUCGACCGAAGACUUCCUCGCCGAGAUGAUGAAGCAACUCGGAGAAGGCAACCUCGAAGGCGGCGGUGGCAACGAGGAGGAAUUCUCAAAGAUGCUCAUGGGCAUGAUGGAGCAGCUCACCAACAAAGAAAUCCUUUACGAGCCCAUGAAGGAGCUCAACGACAAGUUUCCCGAGUGGCUGGAAAAGAACCGGGGAAAGACGCCGGCAGAAGAUCUGAAGCGGUACGAGGAGCAACAAGCGCUGGUCAAGGAGAUCGUGGCCAAAUUCGAGGAGAAGACGUACGCCGAUUCUAAUGCAGCGGACAGAGAGUACAUUGUCGACAGAAUGCAGAAGAUGCAAGCUGCUGGAUCACCCCCGUCCGACCUUGUUGGUGAUAUGCCAUCGGCGCAAGAAGCUUUUAGUGCAGAUGAGGGCUGUAAUCCACAAUAA